UUGAAAUUGAUGGCAGGAGUAUUAUCAGGGAAACAUUCAUAAAGGCAGGAAUGGACAAUGAAGCAGCGGACAUAAUGAUAAGUUCCAUUUCUAAAAACACAAUGAAACAAUACUUACCGUUAAUCAUAGAAUGGGCAAAAUAUUGCAAAUCAUUUAAUAUUCCUAUUUUGACACCUAAAAUAACUGAUAUUAUUAGGUAUCUUACAGUAAGGUUUCAAGAAGGCCUCUCUUAUGGCAGCCUCAAUUGUCUUAGAUCAGCACUUGCAUUCAUUAUAGGACCACACUUAGGCUCAGAUAAUAAUAUAAAGAGACUUUUUAGAGGUUUUUAUAAACUAAGACCACCAAGACCUAAAUAUAACUCGACUUGGGAUGUGUCUUGUCUACUGGAUUAUAUUGAAAAUAAUUAUAUUCAGCAAACUAAAUUAGAAGAUAUGACAAAAAAGACUGUUACAUUACUAAUGCUAGCUACAGGCCAAAGAGCCCAAACAAUGGCACUGAUUAAUAUUAACAAUACAAUUGUAAGAGAUGAUUGUAUUAACAUUAAGAUUGAUAAACUAAUUAAAACUUCUGGACCAAAUAGGUACCAACCAUUUUUAACCAUACCAUUUUUUAAUAGUAGAGUUGGCAUAUGCCCAGCUAAAGCUGUUAUUGAUUAUAUUAACAUUACAAAAAAGUUGAGAUCUUCAGAUAAACUAUUCAUCUCAACAAAGAAGCCAUACAGAGGUGUGACCUCGAAUACAAUCAGCCGUUGGGUCAAAAAUACCAUGAAAGAAUGUGGUAUUGAUAUCAAUACAUUCUCAGCACAUAGUACCCGUCAUGCAGCAACAUCAGCAGCAUACAAAAGAGGUGUUAACAUUGAUGAUAUAAGACGAACGGCUGGUUGGACUGGAGAGUCCACAACUUUUGCUAGAUUCUAUAUGAGACCUGUAAUAAAUAAUAAAAGUUUUGCAGAAGCAAUUUUCAAAAGUAGUAGUUAAUAAUUAAUAUAAUGAUUACUUAAUGAUUGAUGAUUGAUUAAUUAUAAUACCUUGACAUGAUUACUUAACAAUUAAAAAUAAGUAAAAUAUGUAUACAUAUUUUUAAUAAAGAUUUAUUGUUUUUACAACUGGUCUUUGAACAUCUACAUUAAUAACCACUCAUCAUAGAGGACGAGAUAUCAAGGAGUAUAAUUGAAUAGUCAAACGAACUUACCUGUAAGUGAAGUUCGACUGUAAUUAUACUCCUUGAUGUCUCGUCCGAAGAUGAUGAGUCCCACCCUACCCAAUAUUCCAUAAAUAUUUAUAUUGACCCUAUGUUGAAAAACAAUAAAUCAAUUAUUGCUAUGAACUGAAUGAAGCUAGUUACAGUGACAGGUGACAGUACAGCUAAAGAUGCGUUCCGUUUUCUACAAAAUUCUUCAAAAUUAUGUGACGCCAGUGACUGAAAGGCCGAGACUACAUUAAUAACCACUCAUCAUCUUCGGACGAGACAUCAAGGAGUAUAAUUACAGUCGAACUUCACUUACAGGUAAGUUCGUUUGACUAUUCAAUUA